AUGACGUUUAUACAUCAGGUUUUACGACCUUUCAUUGGGAAGUUUGUGGUAGUCUACUUUGACGACAUACUUAUUUAUAGUCCGACAAAUUUCAGCACUCUGAUUGCUCCUAUCACAGAGUGCCUUAAAAGGCGUGAUUUUCAGUGGACUGAGGAGGCAAAGGCCAACUUGCAAUUGGUUAAGCAGAAGAUGAUAGAGGCCCCAGUCUUGGCACUCCCAGAUUUUGAGAUAGUGAUCGAGGUAAAUUGUGAUGUGUUUGGAGUUGGCAUUGGUGGUGUUCUGAGUCAAGAAGGGCGUCCAGUAGCAUUUUUCAGUGAGAAGUUGUCAGGAUCGAAAAAAAUUUAUUCGACCUAUGAUCUGGAGUUCUAUGCCAUAGUUCAGACUUUGAAGCAUUGGCAUCAUUACCUGGAGUUUACAUUUACGCUAAAGCAUCAAGCAAGGAAUUUGAAUCGAGUAGCAGAUGCAUUGAGCCGUCGCACAUUACUCCUCACCACCAUGUGGACCAGAGUUGUUGGCUUUGAGGCAUUUCCUAAUAUGUAUGCUGCAGAUCCUUCCUUAGGGAAGAUAAUUCAGGAGUUGUGCAUUCCAGAUUGUUCACUAAGGCAGCAGAUCAUUAGUGAACUUCAUAAUGAGGGACAUUUUGGAAGUCCAAAGGAGCUCUUACUAAUGCUGGACUGUACACGCCAUUACCUGUACUUGAGGCUUCUUGGUUUGAUGUGA